UAAGAAUUGAGUGGGGCGAAUAACCGUGACAAUAACUUGUGCUUAACCAAGUACUAGAUUUGGUGGACAUGAGGCAGCGGAUAAAAGCGAACGCUGUGCAAUGCACAGGUGCCAUGCCGAAGGAGCGUGUUGGGAAAUACAAGAAGUUGCGAGCACAUUCUGUCAAGCAGUGAAUUUGCUCGCUCUUCUCACAAGUUACCAGCUUAUACGAGCGGGCAAAGUGUAUCAGCACCUUCGAACGACUUAGGUAUCCUAUCAGGCCACAGGAUACGAGAAAGCCUCCCCAACGCUCUUUCGAAUACUUCUUACCCAUAUUACUUCACUAUGCUCUCUGGCAGACCGACUUCGAGAUCCUCAUGGCCCGUUGUGCCAGUAAAUCAAUCGACUCUAAAACCCGUGUUGACCUUAAGGGGCCACAAAUACAUUACUACUCGAUCCAUAUCCUACUUUCCGGACGGGAAGCGGAUAAUCAGCGGGUCAUGCGAUAGGACCAUCUGUGAAUGGAACAUAGAAGCGGGCAAGGAAAUCAAGAAGGCGCGGGAUGUUUGUAAGCAAGAGGUACAUGCUGUGGGGGUAUCAAGGGACGGUCGAUGGGUUGUCUCUGCAGGUGGGGAUUACAGCGGGGAACUCAAAGUCCGUGAGGUUGAGACGGGAACCGUGAGAACAUUCGAACUGACAAGUGGUAUUAACUGCAUCGAUAUCUCUGGGGACAGCACACUACUAGCGAGUGGGUCAUUGGAUGGUACAACACGGAUAUGGAGCUUGGAAACAUGCAAUCUCGUAGCUGGUCCAUUUAAAAGUAUCAACUGGGUGGACGCAAUCCGAUUCUCGCAAGACUCAAAAAAGCUCGCACUCAAGUCAAAUGGGGGGAGCCGCCUCGAAGUGUGGGAUGUCCAAUCACAGAGAUUGGUUGUUUACAGAGAAGGUGACUGGGGUUUGGGAGGUGUGCCAGUGUUUUGGACUACCAAAGACACAGCCAUCGUAACCGCAUUCAGCUUUGAAGUUGCCCAAUUUCAAGUCAAGACGAUCUAUGAAUUUGACGUGUCUACACUGGAGAACACCGGGGCCCCUUUUGAAGGACACACCCAAACCAUCACCAGUAUAGCACUUUCACUCGAUCAUGCUCUCCUCGCCAGUGCUGCUCAGGACAACACCAUCAAGCUUUGGGCCUUUGAGUCCCGCCAGCUCCUCGCCUCAUUUGAUAGUUGUUCUACCAUCUGCCACCUUCUUUUCUCGCCCGACUCGCGCCAAUUAGUUUACACCACUGCGUCACUGUUUGGCAACAACAUUUACUUAUGCAAUACUCCCCCUGAGAUCCUCGCUAACAUCCAGCCAGUACCACAAGAUAGAACUGUUUCUUCUAGAAACCUAUUCCUCGCUGAUGUACUCAUCCCUUACUUCUCAUCUAUACCACUCUAUUAAUCCCCUUUUUGCAGUCUGGCACGCUCUCUCGCGUCGUGAAUCGAUCUAGCGAGGCCCUACCAGAUGCGCAAGAGCGCCUCCCUUCCUACUCUCUACCACCUCCCUCUGUCAGUUUCGCCCGUCGUCGACCAGGAUUCGAAUCCUGGAUUAACAGACACGCCGAAACCUCUCGCAUACAGCCUACCGACAUGCGACCAUCUACUGACAUGCGGCAGCGGCCUGCUGACAUGCAAUCAUCGCCUGAUAGGAUGUCGG